CGAGAUUAACUUGUUUCCGGAAAGUAAAAAAUUACAAAAAGUAUCCACAUUUUGACGUUUAUAUGUCAUUUAUACGUGACUAGUAACUAUAAGUUAUCUAAGAAGUUUAAAAACUCCUGUUUACAAUGGAAGUUACGCUGGUACUGCCAGAUGUGUCAGAAACAAUGCAGAGAUGAGAAUGGCUUCAAGUGUCACCUGACAUCAGAGUCCCACCAGCGUCAGCUGCUACUGUUUGCUGACAAUCCCGAUGAGUACAUAGAUACUUUCUCGAGAGAUUUCAAGGAUGGUUAUUGUGAACUAUUGAAUCGUAGAUUUGGUUCGAAACGUGUCCAGUGCAAUGUUGUCUACCAAGAAUACAUACAUGAUAAGGAUCAUAUACACAUGAAUUCUACACAAUGGGAAACCCUCACUGAGUUCGUCAAGUGGCUUGGCAGAGAAGGAAUUGCAAAGGUGGAUGAGACAGAGAAAGGUUGGUAUGUCCAGUACAUAGAGCGCACGCCCGAGGCUAUUGAACGACAGAAAAAUCAAGACAAGAAAGAGAAGAUGACUUUAGAUGAUGAAGAGAAAACUGCAGCUUUUAUUGAGAAACAGAUCCAGAAAGCUGCUGCAGAAGAGAAACUUAAACCACAAGUAGAGUAUACGGAACUGCAGCGAGAGAAUGAAGAAGAUAAAGUGACAUUGAAGUUAGGAAUCACAAAGAAAAAGGAAGAGCCAGUGAAAAAUCCACAAAACAAUGCACUUGCAACAUUUAAAGUUCCUGAAAGUCGCACAAAGGUAGAUAAACUUGGCAGCUCAGCUGUGAAGAGGAAGUCUGCUCUUGAGGAAAUAAGAGAGAUGGAAGAACAGAAAAAAGCCAAACUGGAGAAGGAAAAAGAAACAGUGUCCCAUUGGCUACACAAGGACAUAGUUGUGAAAAUAAUAACUAAAAAACUUGGUGAUAAAUAUUAUAAGAAAAAAGCAUUUGUGAAAGAAGUUGUGGACAGAUAUGGAGCAGUUAUAAAAGUAAUAGACUCUGGUGCCAAACUGAAGGUUGACCAGGAUCACUUGGAAACUGUUAUACCAGCUAUAGGGAAACCAGUUUUACUGUUGAAGGGUGUCAAGAGAGGCUAUGAGGGAGAUUUAGUUGAGGUGAAUCAGAAAACAUUCUCAUGCAGUGUAAAACUCACUGAGGGUCAUUUGCGUGGUGAGACUCUUCACAAUAUUCCAUAUGAGGAUGUGUCCAAGCUCUAUGUACCUUGAUGAGGUUCCUGAUGAACAGAUUCCACUGUCUAGUCACAAAAUGCUAUUGGUAUCUAUUGUCAAAUGGGUGAAAUUCGCAAUUGUGCUGGAUGGAAAGUACUGGAGUACCAAUCCACAAGACAGGGAAGGGACCUGGAUAGAACAGACCUGAAGGGAGGAACAGGGACUUAUAGACAAGGGAGAAAGAUGCAGAAAUCUCCCCAAACAACAGACAAUUGACAUAUACAUGGAUGAAUGAUUCUUGAGUAUUGAUAUAUUGACUCUUCUUUUUUUGACUUUUGUCAAAAAUUGGUAAAAAUAUUCAGAAUUUUGAAUGUGAAC